AUGGCGCUGAUCAUGGAACCUGUCAGCAAAUGGAGCCCGAGCCAAGUGGUGGACUGGAUGAAAGGUCUGGAUGACUGUCUCCAGCAAUACAUUAAGAACUUUGAGAGGGAGAAGAUCAGUGGAGACCAACUUCUACGCAUCACUCAUCAGGAGUUAGAAGAGCUCGGGGUCACUCGCAUAGGCCACCAGGAACUUAUCCUGGAAGCUGUAGAUCUUCUCUGUGCUCUGAACUAUGGGCUUGAAACUGAAAACCUGAAAACACUAUCCCACAAACUGAACGCGUCUGCCAAAAAUCUUCAGAAUUUUAUAACUGGUCGGAGGCGAAGUGGGCACUAUGAUGGAAGGUCCUCUAGAAGAUUGCCAAAUGAUUUCUUGACAUCAGUGGUGGAUCUUAUAGGUGCUGCCAAAAGCCUCCUGGCAUGGCUGGACAGAUCUCCAUUUGCAGCUGUGACAGAUUACUCUCUUACCAGAAACAAUGUUAUUCAGCUCUGCCUGGAACUAACUACUAUUGUACAGCAGGACUGCACUGUUUAUGAAACUGAAAACAAGAUUCUUCAUGUUUGUAAAACACUGUCGGGGGUUUGUGACCACAUUAUCUCUCUGUCUUCUGACCCACUGGUUUCUCAGUCUGCUCAUUUGGAGGUGGUCCAGCUGACAAACAUCAAGCCCAGUGAAGGAUUGGGGAUGUACAUCAAAUCAACAUAUGAUGGGCUACAUGUGAUAACUGGAACAACCGAAAAUUCUCCUGCAGAUCGUUGCAAGAAAAUCCAUGCCGGUGAUGAAGUUAUUCAGGUCAAUCAUCAAACUGUGGUAGGGUGGCAGUUGAAAAACUUGGUAAAUGCACUUCGAGAAGAUCCCAGUGGGGUCAUCUUGACCCUAAAGAAGCGACCUCAGAGCAUGCUCACCUCUGCACCUGCUUUGCUUAAGAACAUGAGAUGGAAACCUCUUGCACUGCAGCCAAUAAUCCCCAAAAGCCCAAGCAGAAGUGUUGCCACACCAACCAGUACCAUCGGUACACCAACAAAACGAGACAGCUCUGCACUUCAUGAUCUUUUCAUUCCCCCUCCUCCUUCAGAGCCUUACACGCCCAGGGAUGAAAAAGGGAACCUUCCCAUUGAUGAUGCCAGCAGACAUGUUUUGGGAAAGCCAGUGUCUAAAGGAUCCGAAUCACCCAAUUCGUUCCUGGAUCAGGAAUACCGCAAGCGCUUCACAGUAAUUGAAGGAGAUGCCAUGGUUCUCAGCUAUGAUUAUGACACAAGCAGGUCAAGUGGGCCAGGCAGAAGAGAAAGUACUCUGACAUGUGGCAAACUGAGACCGAUUUCCAUGCCAGUGGAAUACAGCUGGGUGGGAGAAUUUGAAGAUUCGAGCAGACUCAAACGAGAUGGCAGAAGAGAGAGUUCACUGCUGAGGUACAUGAGUGAUGAUAAAAUCCCCAUCAUCCAGGAAGAGUACCUGGGUAAGAAAGACACAGGGAAGAGAUCCAGAAAGAAAAGUGAUAAGUUAAGCAGUCCAAGCCACCCCAUCAGCCAUUAUGCACUGUCAACUCCAAUAACACUGGAAGCUGCUCGACAAGAAUCCCUGAGUGCGCCACUACCAGAAACCAACACCAUCACCCUGUACCACACUUUCCAACAAUCACUGGCACAGAAGUCCAAAAAAAGAAGCAAAGGUGCGGUAACAGCCAUGAGCAGGAGACGUAUUUCCUGCAAGGAUCUUGGGCGUGGAGAUUGUGAAGGUUGGCUAUGGAAGAAGAAGGAUGCCAAAAGUUACUUCUCACAGAAAUGGAAGAAAUACUGGGUUGUACUGAAGGAUGUUUCUCUGUACUGGUACAUGAAUGAAGAAGAUGAGAAGGCUGAGGGAUUUAUCUGCCUGUCUGAGUUCAAAAUUGACAGAGCGAGCGAAUGUCGGAAAAAGUAUGCAUUCAAGGCAUGCCAUCCCAAGAUUAAAAGCUUUUAUUUUGCAGCUGACAAUAUGGAUGAUAUGAACAAGUGGCUGAGCAGGCUUGGCUUAGCUACAGUUGGGUAUGCAGAGAAAGAACAAAGGCUCAGACAAGAUCAAGAUUACUGGAGUGAAAGUGAUCAGGACGAUUUGGAUACUCCAUCAACCCCAAAGCAAGAGAGCCCACCACCUCCAUAUGACACAUACCCUCGUCCACCUUCAGUGAACUGUGCAAGCCCAUACCUUGAACCUAAACAUAGCCGGCUUUCCUCCACUGAGACAUCUCAAUCCCAUUCAUCUCACGAAGAAUUUCGUCAGGAGCAUUCUGGAAGCACUGAGUCACCCGUUCGCAAAUCUGGGGGUUGGGAGCGCCGCUCGUGGCAGGAUCUAAUAGAAACUCCACUGACCAGUUCAGGUUUACAUUAUCUCCAGACUCUUCCACUUGAGGACUCAGUGUUUUGUGAAGCAGGCUUACCAUCACCAGAGCAGAGAAGGCAAUCAACUUUACCAGCUCAGAGGUGUCAGAUCCAGGAUCAGUAUGGACCUUUCCCAUUAGCCGAAGGCGAGCGAUGGCCAGGAAUAAACAUCGGAGGAGGGAAACCACGCAGUUUUACGUUACCUCGAGAUGGUGGGUUCAGUUAUUCUUGUCAGAGCGCUUCAAUUUGUGUCUCUGGGAACCAGGCUGAACCAGUUCAAAAACAGGAAACUAAAGAAGAAAAUCAAGAAGAGACAGAACCUAUACCAGAAGAAACUGGAGACUCUUUACAAGAUCUAUACAAGGCGCUGGAGAAUGCCAGCGUAUCUCCUUUAGGAGAGCACCGUCUUUCCACCAAACAGGAUUUCAAGAAGUCGUUUGUAAAACGAUGCAACAAUCCAGUCAUCAAUGAGCAGUUACACAAACUUCGAAUUCUAAAGAGCACAAUUAAGGCGAAAGAAGGAGAAAUAGCGAUUAUAGACAGGAUCCUAGACAAUCCCAGCUUGACAUCCAAAGAGUUUCAGGAAUGGAAACAAACCUAUGUAGCGCUUUUCACAGACAUCUGUCAGAACAAUGCUGCCACAGAACCAGUAAAUGGUGCAUCUGAAUCUGCUGCACCUACAGCAUCUCUGAUGCACACCCACUCCUAUAUUGAAACCCACGUAUGAACAGUUUCUAAUUGACCUUGUAUUAAAUAUUUAAAUUUUCAACAACUUACUUUAUACUUGUGAGUUAUGAUGUAAGUAUUUUCUUAGUAUGGAUACUCCAAAUUUCUUCAGUUGUUUGUGGGCUUUGAGUAAUAUUUUGGACAUGAGGAAGCUUACUUGUGUUGCAUAUAUUUAUAGGGGAGUCAUCAUCACCCUAAUAAAAACAUUUUGCUUCUCUAAAGACUUUUCACAAUAGUGUACUUUAGUUGUGAAAGAGCUCAUUCCAAGAAAGUAUAUUUUAAUGAGUCUUCACAUCUUUUAGGCACCAAUACCAUAUACUAUUCUCUGAAUAUGACAGCAGCCAGGCCACCUCUUUCCAGACCUAUGCAGAUAUUACUCUGUGACUAGGAGGUGGUCAAGAGGGUAUUCUGUCAUUUUUGUUUCUUCCCUUCAUAGUUGAAAGAAUCAUCUCCGCUUAGUCCAUUUCUCAAAGCUCAUCUUAGAUCAGCUGCUUGCUAUUUGGGGAAUCAUGAGCUGGAUCCUGAGUGCUGCUAAUCACAUGGUGAUGGACAUCGAUGUAUUAGUAACUAAUGCCAACAGAGUGCAGUAUUAUAUACUGAUCCUGUGAACUGACCUAAACGUAAUGAACAAGAUAAUGGGUUGUCAGAAAGUUUGAAAUGGCUUCCGCAGUGGCUAAGCAUGUUUAUCCAGUGAAUAUCUGAACCACUGAAGACCCAGGUUCCAAGUUAGUUGAUCUUAGCUUGGGGCCGCAGUAAGGCUGCUAUAUUUGGCCUCACCAUCUCAGGCUGGUGAUUUGGACAAUGAGAUAGUUCCAUUGUAACAUGGAAUGGUUUUGUGCAUAAUUGUUAUUUUAUGGCUGUUAAAACUCAAAAACUCAAAUUCAUAAAUUAUAUUAAUUUCAAGCAUAUCUAGUGAGUCACAAAUUCAUAGCAGCUGAAAAAGGGUUUGGCAUUUUUGAAUAUUGCUUCUUUGUGCUUUACUUAAUUUCUGGUGUUUCUCAUUCUCUGUCGCACAUAUUCAAACCAUUCUAUGUUAUAAUGGGACUAUCUCAUUGACCAAACCACCAGGCUGUCUCUUUUCAUUUAAAAUAAAAGUUUUGUUGCAAUAAUAUGUAAUCCAUGCAUUAAAUAAUUGUGCACAGCUAACUCAAAACUCAGCAAAAACAGUGUAAUUUUAAUGGUGCUAACUGUUGCAGAUUGACUGCACAUGACCCCCAAAACCAAUGGAGUUCAGUUAUGCAGCAUUGAUGCACCCAUUUGCCCCAAACUGAAAUGAAAAGAUGCAAGUUCCAUUAUUGCAUUUCACUGUCAGUUGCACUGAGCACCUAAAGGUGACCAUGCUUCUGUGGAAAAUGCUGUGGAAGGUCAGACACUUAGUGAGAGGCUAAAUAGAGAAUUGGAAGGAGAUUAUUUCCAGACCACUUGUGUGUCUACAUUCUACUGGGCAUCUUAAAUGAAAUCAGCUGAAGCAUGCAAGUGAGCUGGUAGGAGCAUAAGUUUGGACAUCUUUGAGGCCUCAUUACAAGUACUCCAGACCAUUGUCACUUUACAUAAAGUUUGUCUUGGUAAAGGGAACUCAACUUUGAAACCUUUUUAAAUUAAAAUUGUACUGGGAACCUUAAUAUUCUUCUCAGUCUUACUCCUAAUCUACUAGCCCACUGAUCAUUUAGUUAAAUACCAAUUUUAUGUCCUCUUUUGGUCAGCUGUACAAAUUCUACGUGAAAUGAGUUUGGACAGUCUCAGUCCACUUUCUAGCAGUCAUUGCCCCAGUAAAGAAAAAUAUCACUCAUACAGUUAGGGGGAUUUUUGUAAGGUUGAAACUGAAGAAUAUUAUUGCUUUAUUUUGCAUUCCAACCUUGACCAUGUUUGAUGCCGACACCUAAUGUCCGAAUAGGAACUAUUCAUUUUCCCAGGAUCAACAAAAAUUUAAAAAUUAAGCUUUAUUUUUACAAUGCCAUAUUACUACUGUACUGCAUUGAAGCGAGAAUGUUUAUAGACAAAUACAUAAAAACAGUAACCAUUUAACAUAUUUACUGUUGCUAUACAAAAUAUUUUGCGGAAUACACUUAUAAAUAAUGUACCAAAGGUCAUUAACAAAAUGUUUGCACUUUCAACACAUUUACUUUGAACCAACUUCAUCACUGCUACUUUCAAUAUCUCUUUCAGAAACAAGUCCUCAAUAGCAUGUAGCACUCAGUCUCUACAUAUUUAUGAUGUAUUACUGAAUGUAACCCUAGAAUAGUGCAGCGGAAUUCUGUGAGUGCAGUUGGUUUGUUAUAUAAAAAACAGUUCUAUAUAACUAGGACGAGUUUUGACAUCAGAAAACUGGAACCUUGAAAAGACUUGGGCUCAAAUGUGCAAUUCUUUUGCAGUAUGAAGACAAGUCAAUCUGAGUGAACUAAAGGAACCUUUUUCUUCCUUUAAUUUACCAGUUGUUUUAAAAAAAUUGGGCCCAAGGGAUUGAAACUGUUGGUCAUCUCUGCAGUUUUUUUUAAUGUGAUAAUAGCUUAAGAAAAAACUAAUCAGAAUCCUCCAUCCCUGCUGCUGCUUCUGCAAGACUGCAGCUUAUACAUAAGUAUUGUGUAGUAUUGUCCAUGCAAUGAUGCAGCAAAGUAAAUCACAUACUUCAGUUGCCACUUAAACUAACAGAAUUUUUAGUACACUAUAGGUAUGAAUUACCGUGUAAGUUUGCAGCAGGCUAUGGCUUUAAAUAAACAAAGAUGUUGCAUUGAGAGCUGAAGGGUUAUGCUUUUUGUGCGUGCAACAAGCUUGUUUUAAAAGAUAUAUCUGCAGUAGUAAAUGGGAGGGAACUUUAUAAAGAAAAUAAUAACUCAAAAAUAUUUUUUCGAGGUUAAUGAUAUUCUAAAAUGACCAGCUCUGAAUAUUUUCCUAAUUCUGUUCAUGAUAGGUGAACAGGAGAGUGGCCUUCUUUCAGAAUAGCAGUAGUGUGAAUUUAAUCUAUGAAAGACAGGCAGACAGUAAUGCUCUUUGGUUUGUAUAGAUUCCAGAUUGAGACAAAUAGUUAUAACAUCUGAGAAAGGAUAUUUGUAUAAACUCAAGUGUAUGUACUGCAUGAGUACUGAAAUGAAUUGCAAAGUUUUAUAUAAUUCUCAUCAUUAUUUCAAAGAAAAAUUCUUGAGUAAAAUAUCAACUUGUGGACCUACACCAAGCAUUCGGCCUCUGUCGUAUUGUACAUUGUGACAGACUUUUUUUUGUAAUGGACCAAAAAUAAAUGUAUGAUAGAAAGAAAAUAGUUUCUACUUUGAAUGUAGUUUACAGGCUUCAAAGAUGAUGUAGUUCUAAGCUUGUUUUGAAGACGGAGAUCUAGCUGUUGCUGUGCAACAGCGUAUGGUUUGCACUUUACUUCAUAAAGAUUUGCAUUUAAUGUUUUGAGUUUUGAAAAAAAUUCUCAAAGACUGCAUUAUUUCUAUAUUAAGUGGCAAGUGUAGCAUGGAUUUAUAAAGUAGUCUUUCUUGUGUUAUAAAAAAUAACCUUUCAACAACAAUGAAUUGUAUGUAAUUUGUCGUAUGUUUUAUGGUUAUCAGCUUACAAGCAAAGAUGAUUAUGAAUAUGGUAAUCUGUAGUCAAAUAAAUUUAAGUUCUUGAAA